CACUGUCACUACGCUGAUAUAGUACGAGCACAUCUAAACGAAGAGAUAUAUGCUGCACCCACUCAUGACAGACCGUUUCAUGAAACCAUGAAACGCAGGUGAUAGAUGUGAUAGAUGUGACAGAUGUCUCCAAUCCCACUGCGCGCAACGCCGGCCGCCAAGAUGCAUGCGCCUAUCUCCAAACGGAACUUCAGUCCAGAUGCCUCGCUGGUUCUGGUGGGUAUUCGAGGCUCUGGCAAGCGGUCUCUGGGGUUUAUUGCUGCCGCCGCCUUGAAUCGCAGAUUCAUCACAGAGGACUAUUAUUUCAAGGAAGUCACUGGUCACACCCGCCAUGAAUUUCUUCAGAAGUUCGGAAGCCAUGAGUUCCAGCGCAGGGAUAUUGAGGUGCUCAAGAUGAUGCUCAAUAAUCACCGCUCUCACUGCGUGAUUGAGUGCGGCUUGGGGAGCCUGACUCGCGUGAUUCAAGAACAUCUCCGCCAGUAUUCGCAGACUAAUCCUGUGGUGUAUCUGCUGCGAGAUAUGGACCAGAUUCAGCGGUUAUUGCGGCUGCAGGACUCCUCUGCAAAGCGUCUUGAGAAUGGUGACCCGUACCACCGGACCUGCUCGAAUUUCGAAUUCUAUAACCUAGAAGAGAAUGGUGCGCUGGGUUUGUCGCAAGAUGAAGACUCGCCGGACCGACGUUCUGUCAACUAUUCAUUCAAGUUGAAGGAUGCAAAGGAGGAUUUUACACGAUUUGUUAGAUUUAUUACUGGGGCCACGACUACUGAUCCUGGAUUUGAUUCUCCCUUUGUGUUGCUUGAAACGCCGCCUGAAAAGCGAUCAUAUACUCAUUCUGUGUUUGUUCGACUGUCCUCAAUCGACAGUGAUGAAGUUGAUCUUUCGAAAUUAGAGUCUGGGAGUGAUGCGAUUGAGCUGUGUAUAGACUCGUGGAACCCUGACGCUGUCAGUGCUGUGGCCAAGCAUGUGUCGGUGUUGCGUAGGAUUGCCAAAGUCCCCAUCAUCUAUUCAAUCGACAUUCGCGCACUGGAUAUUGACCCGCAUAAUUCGCAGUCAGAGAACACCCGUGAUGUAUACUUCCAGAUCAUCGAGUAUGGCCUGCGCCUCGGAGUUGAGUACCUGUCCAUCGAUCUCGGUCAAGACCAUACCCGACUAGUCCAGGUUGUACAAAACCGAGGAAUGACGAAAAUCAUUGGACAUUAUAUGCUGGAACCAUCUUCAGGUGUUUCUUGGGAAGACGACACUUGUCUAUCAAUCUAUUUAGAGGCCGAGCGGUUGGGCUGCCAACUCGUGCGAAUCCUGCGUACCGCGACGACGCGAGACGACAAUGACUCUGUCCGCAAAUUCGUCGAUCGCAUAAAGUCACUGUCAGGCACUCAUCCGCCAAUAAUUGCAUUCAAUGUGAGCUUGAUUGGGCGGAGCUCGCAGGUUUUCAACUGCAACCUGACCUCGGUCACUCAUCCUGCGAUACCACGCCAUUUACAAAAAGACAACGACCCCCAGAUCACAUCCCAAGACGCCGUUCGCGCGCUAUGCCAGAGCUACAUUCUAGACCCGCUCAAAUUUUUCAUCCUCGGAGCCAGCGUCGCGUAUAGUAUCUCCCCAGCCAUGCACAAUGCUGCAUAUCGCAGCUGCGGCUUGGAGCACGUCUAUCGUAUCCCCGAUAAACCGUCUGUUGCGAAUCUAGACGAAUGGCGACACGACCCUCACUUUGGAGGCUGCAGUGUCGUCCAGCCUUGGCGAGUCCAAGUGGCAAGCCAACUGACCUACAAAAGCCGUCACGUCGAAGCCAUCGGUGCCAUCAACACAAUAAUGCCAUUACGUGCAAGCGCAGACGGGAAUAUAUACCCGCUCCUCGAACAAGCCAGUCGACGUAACCAAGCCGGACGUAUCGCUGCCUGGUGGGGGGAGAAUACGGACUGGAUCAGUAUCAUGGUCUGCCUGCGACGCAACCUAUCGCCUCGAAAUGCCAUCAGUCCUGUCAGAACCACCGGCUUGGUGAUUGGAGCUGGCGGCAUGGCACGCGCCGCCAUAUACGCGAUGCUGCAGCUCGGCUGCCGCAAGAUUUUCAUCCUCAAUCGGACGCUCUCCCGUGCAGAAGAAGUUGCGCGGCAUUUCAAUUCGUGGGUUGCCGCUGAACACACCGAGUCCGGGGCCGCGGUGGUGCGUGUUUUGCGCUCAGCCGAUGAGCCCUGGCCCACGGAAUUAGCGUUCCCAUCGAUGAUUGUUUCGAGUGUACCGGAAUCAAGCGUGCAGGACCGGCCACCGGCAAAUUUUGUCAUGCCUGAGCAGUGGCUGGGGAGUCCAAGCGGCGGAGUUGUUCUCGAACUAAGCUACAAACCAUUAAACACGCCCCUGCUAAACCAACUCCGUCGCUACAGAGCCGAAACCGACUCGCCAUGGGUUCUUGUUGAUGGUCUCGAGAUUGUCGCGGAGCAGGGAUUCGCGCAGUACGAGUUGAUGACGGGUCGCAAGGCGCCGCGGCGGUUGAUGAUGACUGAGGUCCUGCGCAAUUACGUUGCUGAGGACGGGCCUCUGGGGGAGAAGACGAUCAAGGCGCGGUUGGAGAUGUUCACAUAAUAUCUAUUAUACCAUUUCUAUCAUAUCUAUUUGCAUAUACGGCGUAGGAGGUCUGGGUUGUAUAUAACUAGACAAUAAAUCAUUCAC